AUGGUUUUUGAUCAAUAAAAACCUUGGUGAGAUUGCAUUGACAGUCGGUUGUGAUACUUUAGAUUGGGGUCAGCCGGUGGUACGCGCGCGCGUAACCGAGCCCUCUUUGUUUUGUUUUCUGGGCGCUUGCGUCGUUCAGGUACAUCUAGUAAAACAUAGGACUGUAUUCUCACUUGAAAAAUGCGCGUUCACUGACAGAAGGUUGGUACUGUCAACGCGGUUCGUUGUGUGUCGUGCGCGCGCGUGUUUCUGGGGCGUUUAUGGCGUUCAGGGACCUCUCGUAAACCCCAACGUUCUCGCUCCAACGCGACACCGCCGCGCGUGCACGUGACAGUGCCGCGUGCAUCUCGCCAAAACAAAGCGGGGGCGCGCCCACGGGAGCGAGCGGAGGCGCAUGCUUCUCGAAUGAGUCCUUCGCCGUCUCCUCGGUCCGCUCGCACCGCCGCCGUAGCGCCGCGCAACGGACCCGUCGCCCGCCCGAUGCCCGAUCGGGAGCUCCCUCCGGCGGAUCGAGCCCCGGUGAGCCACCGAUGAGCCCGGACGGAACCGACGUGACAUCGGAGCUGUAUGCGCGCGUCAUCUCGGCUGGAAGCAGGCGACAGGACACGGAACGAUUUUCCAUCACAGCGUCUUUUCUUGCUCAGUGUUCCCUCCAUCGGCGUAUUUGAAGGCGUUUUGCGCUUGUGUGUGUCGAGAUGCUGGACGGACUCAGACGCCGGCACGCCUCGCGCUCGUCCCCGCGGCCCCUCUCCCUCAACUUCAGCACCUUCUCGGCGCCUCCCCCGCCCAGCCCGGACUUGGACGGCGGCGGUGAGCAUCCCAUCAGGAGGACUCUGCACCGGCUCAAGCUGAUGAGCUCGCCCAGCCUCAGCGAACUGGCCAAGAGCGACAAGGGUUCACCGGAGGACAGAGGCGAGAAGCAGAAGAGGGCCGGCGCCAACGCCACCUGGAACAGCAUCCACAACGCCGUCAUCGCCGUCUUCCAGAAGAAAGGUUUGGCCGACAACGAGCUUUACGUUCUCAACGAAGGCGUCCGGCACCUGCUGAAGACCGAGCUGGGUUCCUUCUUCUCGGAAUACCUUCAGAACCAGUUGCUGACGAAGGGCAUGGUCAUCCUGAGGGACAAAAUAAGGUUCUACGAAGGUCAGAAGUUGCUGGACUCUCUGGCGGAGACGUGGGACUUCUUCUUCUGCGACGUGCUGCCCAUGGUGCAGGCCAUCUUCCAUCCGGUGCAGGGUAAGGAGCCGUCCGUCCGCCAGCUGGCUCUGCUCCACUUCAGGAGCACCAUCGUCCUGAGCGUCAAGCUGGAGGACGCCCUGUCGCGGCCCCGGGCCCGAGUGCCGCCCUCCGUUACGCAGAUGCUGCUCGUCCUGCAGGGCGUCCACGAGUCGCGUGGUGUCAACGAGGACUACCUGAGGCUGGAGGCUCUGGUCCAGAAGGUGGUCUCGCCCUACUUGGGGACUCACGGUCUUCACUCUGGAGACCACACCGAGGACCACUGCUGUGUUCUCGAGAAGCGUUUCCAGUGGGGCUGGUCCAAGUCCGCCGAGCAAUUGUCCAAGAACCCGGUGGUCCGAUCGAAAAGCUACAACAUCCCGCUGCUCCUGACGCCCGUGGCCGAAUACGACGCCGACUGCGGCUCGGUGGGCAGCGGGGGAAUCCGCCGCCACUCGGCCUGCGAGAUGAUCUCCUGCCUGGAGGAGCAGAAGUUGAACUACGCCGAGCUGGCGGCCGGUUCCGAACUCUCCGGCUCCGCCUCCAACAGGCUGUGCGUCGGCUCGCAUUUCAAAGGUAUGAUGCAGGCCGGAGCCGCCUCCACGGACCUGCCGCUGUCAUCACCGUCCAUUCUGCACUCGUCGGGGGCUCUCCACGGCACCGAGGUCGCCGCCGCCGCCGUCGUGAGCCACCUCGGCAAGGCGGCGGCGGCGGCGGCGGCGGCCUGCUCGCCGCCCAGCGACUCGUCCAGCCCUGAGACCAUCAUCGGCCAGGUGCUCCAGUCCGCCGACUCCGACUCGGACGGGAUAUUCAUCGACUUCUCGCGUUCUCAUUCCCCCGAGGCUCUCGGCUACGGUCGCGAGAGCAGGCAGAGCACGGUGUAGCUACACACACACACACACACACACACACCUAUGAUAACAUUGUUAAAAGUACAUUUCAUGGCUUUGAAUCCAUCCUCUUUUCUCCUCCAUCCAUUCAUGCUGCUUUCAUGAAAAUAAUGUCAUUAUAAGAGUUGAAUGCUUAAAAUAAUGAAACUACAGUGAACCCUCAUUUAUCACAGGUUAUAUGUUCCACACCCACGCGCAAUAUGUGAAACUCCGGAAUAUAGAGAGGCCAAAUAAAACACUUUUAAACUCAUUCAAACAUUUAUUGGCGUGCGUGCUUCAAGCUGUUUAUUUGUCACUCCCACUUGAAGUUUACUGUAAAACUUACACAUAAAACAAAAGAGACUCAAGCAUUGGAUUAGAAAUGACCAAAACGUUCAACCAAACCAUGUCAUUUUGUCUCCUGUACAUCGACUAGCUUAAUGCUAACAUAUAAUACAAAACUCCACAGAUGCGCUAACUGAUGUUAGCAUACAGUCUCCUCCAAAGGUAUUGGAACGGCAAGGUCAAUUCUCUUGUUUCUGUUGUAUACUAAAAACAUUUGGGUUUCAGAUCGGAUGAAUAUGAGACAAAAGGUUCAGAAUUCCAGCUUUUGUUUCAUAUUUACAUCUAGAUGUGUUAAACCAGUCAGGACAGAGCACCUUUUGUUUGAACCCACCUAUUUUCAGCUCUCUGGUAUUCAUGUUUGCUUUACAGCAAAUGCAGUUUUCACAGGUGAAAUCCAAAGCCAAAAACAAGCACAUUUCUAAUGCUUAAGCGAUCAAUCUAAUAGGCAACACCUGAGCUACUAGAAACACCCAUCAGUCACAUGUUCCAAUUCUUUUGCCCGCUUGAAAAGUGGGUAGCCUCAAACAAAAGGUGCUCUGUGCUGCGUUGUUUAAAACAUCUCGAUGUAAAUACCAUGAAAUAAAAGCUGGAAUUCUGGUCUUUUGUCUCAUAUUCCUCUUUUGAUCGAAAACCCAAAGAUCUUCAGUAUACAACAAAAAACAAAGGAAUUUACCUCGCCGUUCCAAUAUAACAACAGCGAACGACAGCUACUUAAACACAAGAGCAGCAGCAACACAUACAAGAAGAGAAUCAAGCUCAGUGCUGCCCGCCGUGUUGUGGCACAACGUGGUACUACAACUCUUAAUUUCAGACGCCUGUAUACAGUAAAAACCCUUAAAUAAAACAAUCGCUUAAGAAUCUGCGAUAGAAAGGUAUCGCGAACGAUGAACCGCAAUAUGACGAGGGUUCACUGUAUUUUCAAUACGAGGAGACUCAGACCUCUGUCGAUGUUAAAUGUUUAACAACAAGUGACCAAAAAUGCAAUGAUUGUUUAUUUAUGUGUGUGCGUGCAAGAACAACUUGAAAAACAUUGUCAUCAAUUUACGCAAUAGGUGGGGUAGGGGGGCUUGGGCUAAACAAGAAUGACAUUUUGGCACAGAUCAAGAUAAAGGUGCAUGUGGUCACUGGUUAAAUUGCGGUGAUAAAUAAACGGUGGCUCGAUAAAGAUGGAAAAACUGGAAUGGCGCCUGCCUCUUAGGAAAAAAAAAAAAAAAAAAUGCUGAUGCUUUAUUUUGCAAAAAAAAAAAAAUUUCAAGUACAUUCUUUUUUUAAAGGGAACAAAGUUGAGAUACAUGCUUUUGAAAGGGGGGGGGGAAUCACAGAAUGUGAAGAUGUAUCAUUUUUAAAAAGAUGAAAAUGAAGACUGCGUGAUUUUAAAAAGAACACUCAAAAUUUGGUGAUACUUUAUAAAUACAAAAAUAUUUCACAAAAUCUGAUAAAUGCCAUUUCAAAAGGAAAAACUGGAGAUGCAUACUUUAUAAAAAUGACAGAAAAUUGGAGAUGCAUGAUUUUUGAAGGGGAAAAAAAAAAAGAUAAUCUGGAUACGUUUAAAAAAACAUAAUGCUCAAAAAAGAAUAAAAAUGGAGAUCCGUGAUACCGCUAUGAUAUCUCGUAGUUUUCACUAAGACACAAUCCUUGGGGGAGGUUCAACGCUGCAGACGUAUGUUUGCUGGUCUGUAUGUUGAAAUCAUGUGGCAAUUAUUAUUUGUAUCGGGCAUUAAUUGUGUUUGCAUGCAGGUGACGAGAGGGAUUUAUUCUUUGUUAGUUCGCUUGUAUCAUUUGUUGACUGAAAUAAUAAUGCGCAGCUUCAUUCCAAUGGAGAUCACAUCUUCCUUUUUCUGAAUGUAAAAAGAAAUGUUAUUCAAUUAAAAAAUUUAAAAAAAAGACCAAAAAAUGAUUUCCACGCUGUAGCACAUUCCUCCUCUCUUAGACAUUUUCACCAUUUCUGAAUGUGUGAAAUAUGUUGUUACGUUUGCAACUUCUGCUAAUGUGGAUAACGGGCUGUUUUAAUGUUGUCGCUGCUUGUAGAGUUUCAAAGGGGGAAAAAAAAUUGCUUUUUAGAUGCUGCCCUUGUUUUUUCUGCUUUGUACAAACAGACAUUGAGGUUUUUGAAUUGUUUACAUUUCAAAAGACAAUUGUACUGAAUGUUGUCUCACACACUGUAUUUUGCACUUUGUAAACACACGUGUGUUGUUAGUUUUUCAGAUGAAAAGAAAAAAAAAAAGUCAAGCGGUCACGAGAAAAAUUUUAAUAAUAAGGGCUUUUUUGAAAAUUAUCUUUUUCAACAACAAAAAUGUUUUACCUCAAGCUUUUUGUACUUUACUUUUUGGGGACAAUCUAUGGAGUUGUACUUUGUAUUAAUUUGUUAUACUUGCCUGUUUAAAAAAAAAAAAAAAAAAAAAAAUGAUUUGAAUAAAAUCUUCAAAUGUGGGUCAUCA